AGUGGACAUCGCGUGUGGAUGUGUGAUGUGUCUGAAUAAAAUAUACGCAGUUGGGGAGUAGGCAAUUAGUAAAAUAGUGUCCUCAUCGAUCUUUGAAUGCACGAAACGACAGUUCUUUGUUAUUACUGACGAGUAUUUGGAAAUAUUAAUGAUAACUUAAAUAUAUUAUUGGGUAUAAAUAUAUUACAUUUUUAGGGAUCCAUAAUGGAAGAAACAAACGCCGAAAUGGGAACAGAAAACAUAGAAUCAGAACCAUUAUUUACUUCGCUAGAUAUUGUUAUAUUGGCCCUUAUCAUAGGGGGCGUCAGUUGGUGGCUAAUCAAGAGGAACCACCGUUCUCUCAGUACCUUAUCAAAUGGAAAGUCAUAUACAAUUCAGCCUACAUCACUUACCCUGCAGAACACCACGGACAAUUCGUUCGUUAAGAAGUUACAGUCUUCGGGAAGGAGUUUGGUGGUGUUCUAUGGUAGUCAAACUGGUACCGGUGAGGAGUUUGCUGGAAGGUUGGCCAAAGAGGGUGUGAGGUAUAGAAUGAAGGGUAUGGUGGCUGAUCCUGAAGAAUGUGAUAUGGAGGAACUUGUAAAUUUAAAAAACAUUCCCAACUCUCUUGCUGUGUUUUGUAUGGCCACGUAUGGUGAAGGAGACCCAACCGACAAUGCUAUGGAGUUCUAUGAGUGGUUGCAAAAUGGAGAUGCUGACUUAACCGGACUUAAUUAUGCCGUAUUUGGAUUAGGCAAUAAAACUUAUGAACAUUACAAUCAAGUAGCCAUUUACGCUGACAAACGAUUAGAACAAUUGGGAGCCACAAGAGUAUACGAGUUGGGUCUUGGAGACGAUGACGCAAACAUCGAAGAUGACUUUAUCACAUGGAAAGAUAAAUUUUGGCCAGCCGUUUGCGAGUUCUUUGGAAUUGAAUCCACUGGUGAAGACAUCAGCAUGCGCCAGUACAGACUCGAAGAAUACGACGACGCCCCUGACCGUGUAUUUUCCGGAGAAAUGGCUAGGUUACAUUCCCUGAAAAACCAAAGACCACCGUACGAUGCCAAGAAUCCCUAUCUGGCCAAAAUCUUGGUUAACCGCGAAUUGUUUAAAGGUGGCGACAGAAACUGUAUGCACAUUGAAUUUGAUAUUGAAGAUUCUAAAAUGCGUUAUGAUUCUGGAGAUCAUUGUGCCGUAUAUCCAAUUAACAAUACUGAACUUGUUGAAAAGAUUGGAAAACUUUGCGAAAAGAACUUGGAUACAAUCUUCUCUUUGAUCAACACGGAUGAAGAAUCAAGUAAAAAGCACCCGUUCCCUUGCCCUUGCAGUUACAGGACCGCGCUUACUCAUUAUUUGGAUAUCACGCAGAACCCAAGAACGCACGUGCUUAAAGAAUUGGCUGAAUACUGCGCCGAUCCUGCCGACAAAGAAAAACUUAAGCUUAUGGCCAGUACCAGCCCUGAAGGCAAAGCUCUAUAUCAAAAAUGGAUCAUCGAAGACAACAGAAAUAUCGUGCAUAUUCUCGAGGAUCUUCCAUCGUGCAAACCUGCUCUGGAUCACCUUUGCGAAUUAUUACCCAGAUUACAACCCCGAUAUUAUUCAAUUUCAUCCUCGCCGAAACUUCACCCCACCACCGUGCAUAUCACUGCUGUUGUAGUCGAAUAUAAAACACCUACCGGACGUUUUAAUAAAGGCGUCGCUACUACAUGGCUACAAGAGAAAAUUCCAACGGCAGAUGGCGCCCCACUUACAGUUCCUAUCUUUAUACGUAAGUCACAAUUCCGCUUACCAACCAAACCACAAACGCCUAUUAUUAUGAUCGGACCUGGCACGGGUGUCGCACCCUUCAGAGGGUUUAUACAGGAAAGGAGUUAUUCGAAAGAAGAAGGAAAACAGGUUGGACAGACUAUUUUAUACUUCGGCUGUCGAAAGAAAAACGAAGAUUUUCUUUACCAAGAAGAAAUGACAAAUUACGAAGAGAGUGGCUUGCUCACGCUGAAAACUGCAUUUUCUAGAGACCAAGCUCAGAAGGUGUAUGUUACACAUUUAAUUGAAAAGGACGCAGACCUUAUAUGGAACGUCUUUGAGAAUAACGGACAUCUUUACAUUUGCGGUGAUGCAAAAUCCAUGGCGGUUGAUGUCCGUAACAUUAUUUUAAAAAUCAUUCAAGAAAAGGGAAACAUGACAGAAGAGCAGGCUCAAGUAUACUACAAGAAGAUGGAAACACAAAAGCGCAUUUCCAUGGACGUUUGGAGUUAAUAUGCCAGUAAAUAGGUAAACAACAUAUGCGAUAUGUUGACUUGAAAUAAAUAAACCUCAAGUAUUAAAAAGUUACGUUAACUACUUGUUAAAGAGAUUGAAUUAAGAAAAUAGAUAACGUAGUUUUUUAAUACUCAUUUCUGGCGAUAAACUGGUGCAUAUUUAGUUUAUUGUCGGUAUGAUUGAGUUUGUUAUUUAUUUAGGUAGUAAUUUUUUUAAACAAUUUUAUUAGUUUAUAAAAUGCUAAAUGUGAUUUUUUGACCUUUUUUUAUAUAAACUGUUCUUUCUGAUUUUAAUGGUAGGGUUUAAAAUUAAUUUUUGACCGGCGAUCACCUUGGCUGAUUGAUUAUAUAGGUUCAACUAUAGAUAGUAAAAAUUGUAUAUUUAAAUGUUUAUGCCGAAGGGCUGAUAAAUGGUGCCUAUUUUUAAACUUGUAUAUACAAUUUAUAAAAACCAUUGUAACUGUCAAUUUUCUUGCUUUAAUAAUAUUUUUUUAAGAAAUUAAAAAGGGAUCCCGAAUGAUGUUCAUAAAUUGGUCAAGCUAUUAAAUAAGCAAGAAAGUUGACACUUUGAGAGUAAUAAUUUUAAAAUUACAUAUUAAGGAAAAAGGGUGAUUAUUGUGCAAUUAUUGUCUGCAUUUUAUCCUAACUUAUAAGUAUUUUUUCUAAAAAGGUUGCUUUAAGUUAAUUAUUACUUUAAUAGUGUUUAUAGUAAUUUUUUUAAAUAUAUUGCAAUAUAUUCUUUA